GAUCAUAUCAAAUCCUUGACUCUCUCCGACAUCCGCUACGAAGGUUCAAUUUCCAGCUCUGACAAGGCCCGGACGUUCGCGAGAGGCAUCCCCAAACCGCUUCUUACCACUAAGUUCAAACAACUCCUCGCGUCUUUAGUACCCAUCAAUGCUGGAGAAAUGUAUUGGGUAUCCGAAUACUUUACCAAGAUACGUCAACUUCAGCUGGAGUGGCAGUCUGUAGGGUACAAGGGCUUCGUGACGAAGGACAUAGCGAUGGGUGAACCUCUGUACAAUGUCUUGUUGAAGAUGCUGGAUAAGAUCUGGGACAGUGGUCAGGGGGACAGAGGGGAUGAUGAGGGAGAUGAAGGCCGGGAGCACCAGCGUUGGAUGACAUUCCUCCGAUGCAUCAGGGUGGACUACUGGCCCAGGGAACGUAAAGCUGUUGUAAUCGCACCUCUUUUCGCGGAAGAUAAGGCCUUUAUGAUCGCCAACACCGUCGCCACGGCUCUGCACGAGUACGAGCCUACCCCGGGCAGAACCGCACUACAGGUCUGCCGCCGCAACUACCACGUCCAGACUGCGGAUGUUUGGUGCCGAUUGAUGUACAACGCAGUACGUAUCGAUGCCAUGAAGAAUACCCAUGCAGAGGCCUGCCCCUUCUUCUGUAUUGUGGCUCAAACGGCCGAAGAGUUUAUGUAUGAGACAAAGAAGAUGGCGCUCAUUGUCAAGUCUGGAAAGUUGGGCCGCAUUCUGGGGUUCAUCGUCGUACUCGUCAGGGAGGCCGGCCACGAUAUUGAGCCCGCGAAACUGUUCAAGUCUAAAGCCCUCAACUCAGUCACCUACCACAUGCACUGGAAAUAUCCGUCGUCGAAGACUAUUCCAUCCCCAAAUAUGGAGUGUCGUGUGCUCUUCUACACCUCAGGAGAGAUUGACGACUUUGUUGGCCGUGCUGGGUCAGCCGUCACGCUGGAGGACUGGGAACGCAGCAGUAACUUCAUGUGGCUGACCGGGUACAGUUGCAGGGUCGCUAGCUCAGUUCCUGAGCAUGCCUGGAAACAGUUCAACCACCGUGCUCGACGCCUUAUCAUGGAGUACGUAUCAUACAUCAACACAACCAGGCACUUCUAUACGUACGACUUCGCCAAGACGAUGCUCGGAGUACCUCUUGACUUCGACUUUAACGUCAAAGUACCGCGUACGAAGGAGGAGAAGAAGGGGACGGUCGAGGCCCUUGUAGCUCACUUGUUUGUAGGUAUCGAGAAUUCGGUGUUGGUUGCAGCUGCGGACAGCAUAUCUCUGGCGGCGGGCUUAGGCCGCGCAAGCGUUAAGACGCGCUCGAUGGGCCUUCGAGGGGAUGGCCAUUGGCGGUACAGCCUGUUUGCAUGAAUGUCAUAGUUUACCUUCCAUGUACGCAACGAA